AUGUCCUUCGGCUUGGAGAAUGCGCCCCAGAUUUAUCAAAGCAUUAUCGACAACGCACUAUAUGGGUUCACCCGGAUCCCAAAGUCUGAAGGGAACGGAAUUACUCUGGAUGUGCUUGAGAAUGGGACCGGCAAACCAUCAGUAAUUGGACGUAGCUCAUGCAUCGACGACAUCUUGAUCCCAGCCAAUAGCUGGGAUCAACUAUAUGAUCGAGUUGAAAUUUUCUCGAAGCAAUAUCUCGACCAUAAGGUCUCCCACAAUGGACGGGAGGCGAUUCCGAAAGGUCUAUCAACGUUGACUGACCUAGCGUUUCCAGGGUCACUUAGAGCUAUGCAGUCGGUUUUGGGAAGUUUGAACUACUACAUACGAUGUAUCGAAGAUCACGUCAGUUACGAGAGAUUGAAUUCUCUGCGAUGA